AUGACUGCCAAUGCGAAAAUUGAAGAGGACGACGAGUACGAGUUGUCUGACAUCGAGAUUCAGCAAAUCAAGGAACAUAACCAACGUCGAGUGAAACGAGUCGUGGCAUUGGUAGCGUUGUUGAUGACUCUACUGGCAUUAGGGCUAGUUGCUAUGUCACUUGCAUUUGGCAACAAAAUUGACCUAAUAAUUCAAAAGAAUAUGGAAAAGAAGGCAGCCGAAGUGUAUCUUCGCACUGGUAUCAAUCUCACUGAGCAUCAUCGAUAGGACCACGAAAUCUUGGAACCUCUGUACAUAUGCUGACGAACACACAGCUAUACUGUGUCAUGUUGACGGGUAAGAUGUCCACCAAAUCGAUGAGGUGAUGUCGAUAGAUUUAACCGCUGAUGCUCAUAAGUUUUUUUUUGUAUUAAGUAGAAUCUGUUG